GUGAAGCUCAUCGACUUUGAUGCAGCGCAGAAACUGCAGCAUCCACAGCAGAUCAUGGACCGAAUGCCCGGCAACCUAGCUGCGGUGUCGCCCGAAAGGGCAGAAGAACGGCAAUAUCUCGGAGAAGACUCCUUCCAGGUUGGCUGGACCUUCUAUUGCCUCAUCCGCCAGAUCCCCCAUGACCCCGCAGGCGGGGAGUUGCGGGCAAGGGUCAAGCCACUGCUUGACAAGGCAACAAGUCGGCCCAACAUGCAUGCCACCCUGCAGCGCUGCAGCCUUCAAGUGGCUCCCGAGCCAGGGCAGCUGCAGAUUCAGCAGAACCCGACUCUCCUCACCAGCAGCCCGGCCAGCGACCCGCUGACCAAGCUGUGGUUGCCCGUUCAAGCCUGCUCCCUGGCCCUUGAGCCACCUAUGCAAAGCUGCUGUGGGCCGUCGCGCGCUGCUCGCUUGCAGACCUGGCUCUCGGCAAGGAUCACCGAGGUGCUGUACAAGGGUCUGGCCUCGACUACCACCGCGACAAGCGCCGCAGUCGUGGAAUAUAUCGAGGAGGAAGCCUGGGUGGACCAGUGCAUAGACUUUCUGGUCCCGCAUACAUCUCAUGCACAUCCUCGAGUUCGGUAUUCUGCAUUCACAGCCGUCGGCCAGACGGCCUAUGACCAUGACCCGUACGUAGCUGAGACCCACGCAGAGACUGUGCUGCCGCUGAUCCUGGCUGGAUUAGAUGACAGCAACAUUCGUGUGGCAACAAGCAGCGCGAGCGCCCUUGCCAGCAUGGAGGACAUGGAUGAAGAAGACCUCGAGCCCCACAUGCAAGAGUUGAAACUUGGCGGAAGUUACCGAAUUUGGCAUGCCAUUGCGGUGGUGGGAGAAGCUGCGUCUGAUCUUUUCCUGCCCUACUACAAGGAAAUUAUGCCUGCGCUGAAGGAGCUGAUUGCAAACUCCUCCAAGGAUCAUCAAAAGAGUCUCCGCGGCAAAGCCUUCGAGUGUGCCAGCCUUCUCGGAGAAGGAGUCGGCAAGGACGCCUUCGUGGACGAUGCGCAUGGCAUCAUGCAGAUCAUGGUGCACUACAUCCGAGCUGGCUUCGAAGCAGAUGACCAGACCAGGGAGUACGUGCAUGAGGCCGCUGGGCGGGUGGCCGGCGUGUUGGGCAAGGAUUUCAAGCCCUACAUGCCUGCGCUGCUCCCGAGCCUCCUGAAGGUCUUGCAGCAGCAGCCGAAAGAGGUGCCAGCCUGGCCAGUUCCCGAAGACGACGACGAGUUUACCCAGGUCUUGAGUGACGGCAAGCUUCUGGGCUUGAAGACAGCGGUGCUGGACGAAAUGGGGGAGACACUGCAGCUGAUCACCGCGCUCAUGGAGGCCUUGGAGGAGGAAUUUGUGGAAUUCCUCCCAGAUACCUGUCGCCAGUUGAUGCCGCUUCUGGACUUUCCAGUGUCCGAGGAUGUGCAGGACAAGGCGAAUGCGACUUGGGAACAUGUUGUCCAUUGUGCGCGCAGUGCCGCUGAAAACGGCAAGUGCGAGCCUGCAAUAGUUGGCCAGCUUGUGGGCGAGUUCCUGAAAUGCACGGUUGCGAUGAUGCUGAAGCUUCCGGACGAUCCGAAGGAGCAUGGUCCGGCGAAUUUAUCCCAGCUGCAGGCACAAGCCUCUGCAAUGGCUGGGGUCAUCAAAAAGGCAGGUGUCUUUGCGGACUGCGUCCUGAAAACAUUGUUAGAACGAGUCCAGAUCGAGAACGAGCCUGCUGAAGCGGCGCCCAAGAAAAAGAACCAGGGAAAGGUGGAUGACAGCGACGAGGAGGAGAGUGACUCCGAUGAAGGCAACGUGAGCCGUCAGUCUGUCCGCUUCAGCCUGGUCGACGUCGCCGGAGCGCUGAUGCGGGCUAGCCGUGAAGAAUUCGCAGAGGUGGGCCUCUCAAUCUUCAUGGGGCUAGUCCGUGAUCUGCUCCAGAAGGGCAGUGAUAGCGAGAGAGGUCUUGCCCUGUACAUUGCCGAUGAGGUGGUUGCGUGCUUGGGAGAGUUGAGUGUGCCCUACUGGAACACCUUCAUGGAGCAUGCAUGCCGGGCCUUCGGAUAUGCUGACUUGGGAUCGGGAUGA